CACUUGUCUGCUUCGUAACAAUGUUGGAGUACUUGUCAGCAGACCCAUUCACGUAGUUUUAGCACGCAUGUCCAAAUCUUUUAAUUCUCAACCUCAACCGCAGACUACUCAUGAAGGUGGACAGGCCCGUUUUAGUUGCCAAAUUAAUGCUGUUCCACCUGCAAUCAUCUCCUGGUAUAGAGAUGGCAUUGAACUACCUCAAAAUGACAGCAGGUACACCUUCCUACCCUCAGGUACACUGCAGAUUACUGGGGUUGUGAUGAGUGAUUCAGGUAACUAUAGAUGUCGCUCUAUAAACAUUGCUCGAAUCAGGGACAGUUCUGAAGCCUUUUUGACUGUGCUGCCCAGAGUUCAGCAGUUUCAGCCACCAGUGUUUCUGAGUACUGGUGAAGGAGUUACUGCCAUCACCAAUAAUCCUGCAGUUUUGGAAUGUAUUGCAGACGGGUUUCCUAAGGUUGAACUCAGCUGGAAAAGAGAAGAUGGGAAAGAUAUACCAGAGCACUUUAUACGAAAUGGGAAUCUUUUUUUUCCUAAAGUACAACCUAGUAACAGUGGAUCCUAUAUUUGCGUUGCAAAAUCUGUGAAUAAAGAACUGAGCCAAAUAGCACCUGCCACCCAAAAAAUUCCUCUAACUAUUUAUGGUAUGUUAUCAAAACUUUUAUUAAUUAUAUUAAAAAAAAUUGUGAAAAUGGUGAAAUGUUUUGUUAUAUACAGAAGAAAUGCAUUUACCUGUCACUCUUUUAACCAUUAAUUUUCAUAAUAAUCCAUCAGGACUGAGGCAGUCUGAAGAACAGAAUGAGUUAACCAAGACACAAAGAAAAAGAGUAAA